AUGAUUAAAAUUGAAGAUGUCCAUGAAAAAUACAACACCUGGUACUGGGAAGACACAUUUCGCACUGUAGUUUGCUUCUAUAUAACUCGUCGAUAUCCGCAAUCAAAUAUAAUUUGUGAACAACUUAUCAAAGACCCCGAUGCUUCAUAUUCAAUAAGAUGGAAGU